CAGGCUCUUCACAGAUUCUCGGGAAAAGUUUUUUUCUAAUUGCAUUUAUUGUCCAACGAUUUUUAAUACAGUUUUACAGUCGCACUGAAGGACGUUAUCUGACCUUGAAACAAUUGUUAUUGAAAACGUCUAUUCCAAUGUCAGACACUCCUGGUGUUAUUCCUAACAUGCCUAUUGGUUCACAUCAGUCAUCUACUAGUGCAAAGUCUAAUACAACUAAACGAAAAGAGAUAUAUAGAUACAAUGCUCCUUGGUGUAUUUUCAGCAUGAACUGGUCUGUCAGACCAGAUAAACGCUUUCGUUUAGCUGUGGGUAGUUUCAUUGAGGAGUACAAUAAUAAAGUCCAAGUAAUAUAUCUAGACGAUGAACAAGGAGAGUUCGUUGUACAAAGUACGUUCGCACAUCACUACCCAACGUCAAAAAUCAUGUGGAUCCCUGACACAAAGUGUAUAUUCCCUGAUUUACUUGCCACAAGUGGUGAUUACCUUCGUGUUUGGAGAAUAAAUGAAGAUUCUGAAGUUAAAAAUGAAUGCUUAUUGAAUAAUAAUAAAAAUUCGGAUUAUUGCGCCCCACUUACUUCCUUUGAUUGGAAUGAAGUAGACCCGAAUAUCAUUGGAACUUCUAGCAUCGAUACUACAUGCACUAUCUGGGCCCUUGAAACGGAGCAGGUGAUCGGUCAUACAAAUGUCGUAAGUGGACGUGUAGAAUCUCAGUUGAUAGCCCAUGACAAAGAAGUAUAUGACAUAGCUUUCAGUCGUGCUGGAGGCGGAAGAGAUGUUUUCGCUAGUGUUGGUGCAGAUGGUUCUGUACGUAUGUUUGAUCUUCGGCAUUUGGAGCAUUCUAAUAUCGUGUAUGAAGAUUCAAAUCAUUCCCCACUUUUACGCUUAGCUUGGAAUAAGCAAGAUGCAAACUAUCUAGCGACAUUUGCAAUGGACUCCGUAGAAAUAAUUAUUUUGGAUUUACGUGUACCAUGCACUCCAGUAGCUCGUUUAAACAAUCACAGAGCAUUUGUAAAUGGAUUAGCAUGGGCACCACAUUCAAGUUGUCAUUUAUGUACAGCAUCUGAAGAUUGUCAAGCUCUUAUCUGGGAUAUUCAGUCUAUGCCAAGAGCAAUAGAAGAUCCUAUUCUAGCAUAUACAGCUGCCGGUGAAAUUAAUCAAAUUCAAUGGUCAUCAACACAACCAGAUUGGAUAGCCAUUUGUUAUAAUAAUUCGUUAGAAAUUUUACGAGUAUAAUAUUUACUGUUUAUUUCUUAUUUUAUCAACUGUUUUAAAGGUGUACUAUAAUUGAGAUCAAAUAUUAUUUCUUCCUUUAUGCUUACUAAGUAUUGUACGUUAUUUUCAUGCGUUUAGUUAUUAUUCUUUUCCAAAUAUUCUGGAUAAUUUAACUGUGUACUAUUAUCGAGAUACAUGUAUUGGUUGAAGUCAAAGUUUCGACUACAUAUGAAUCAAUUUCAAAUGUUGUUUUGUACAUUCACUUGAAAACAUUUGUGUUUGUUUAAUCAAUUUAUAAAAUUCCUUAAGAAUUACCAUUAUAAAACAGGAAGUUCUUCAAUAA